AUGGCAACAGAACAGUAUGACGGCUACAGCCCACAGGUGGCAGACGACUGGCCCAGCGCCGACAUGUCGGACCAGUUGCAACAUGGUCCCAUCUCGAACCCCACCGUCCCAGACCCGGCCGGCGACGACCUCGCCUACAAGCCCAACACCCGCGGCAACAGCUUCAACAACCCACCGCCAAACGGGUGGCUCUACCCUCACAAGAAGGGUAUCGGCACAGGAUCUAAUCUGGAGCCCUUCAAGGCCGAAAUCGAGGCCCGCACCCAGCGAGGCGAGAACUGCAAGGCCAUCGCCGCCGCACUGAACGCCAUGGGUGUCCAGACGAGCGAUCGUGCCGUCAGUCGUGUGCGCAUCAGAUGGGGGAUGAGGAAGAGGGCCCAGCGGAAGGUCAAGACGCCUCCGCCCGACGCCGACACCGUGCGGCUCAGUGCCAAGUCCAAGGUUCAGGCGAUGAGGAAGGCCGAGUUGAUCCGCAUGACAAGAGAGGGCAUGUCUCCGGAGGAAAUCUACCAGAGCUUGACGUCUCGCGGCAUGGAGCUCAAGAAGGGCGUUGCGACGGUGCUGCGUCUGCAGAGUGCCUGGGGUGUUGCGCGCGACGAGAAGCGGUGGCUCGGCAAUUUCCGACACCAAUGCCACAAAAAGGCAAAGGCACAGCAGGAAGACGCGUUCACGGACAUCGCAAAAGAGCUGGGCGUGCAAGAUAUCAAAGGUUGGGCCCAGGAGAAGAUGAAGGAGCAGGCUGCGAGGCAGGCAAGGCAUGAGCUGGCGUUGAAGCUCAUGGGGGAGCACGCGCCUACAAAUCCCGAGCGGAGGAAGUUGCAAAAGCCUCGCAGGGCAAACGGUCCUUUUGUCAAGCAGGCAAAGGCGAACGACGCCGAGGGGGAGUCUGACAGUGGGAGUUCCGAAGAUGAGGCAGAAUCGGGGUCAGACUUUCCCGGCCCAGUCACAGACUUGAGGUUUGGGUUGCUUGACUCAGCUCGUCAAGGUGACCAAAAUCCCGGGAGCGACGGACGUGUGCCGUCGCAGCACGACCUUCAUGAUGGGGAGCAGCCUUCCAGUUACUCAGCAGCUUCUACUACCAACGAUCCAUCCAGUCUCGGUGGAGGCGUUGAUGCUGGUGGGUAUCAUGAGUACCCGCCGUUGCACGACCAGCCGGAUGAUACGAUGUACGGCUCCGAAGACGACCAGCACGGCAUUGCGAGUGUUGCAUCUCGCGUGCCCUCACACAUGGUCGACCCCAUGCCCCAAUCCACGUCUGGCCCGCACUUUCCCAUGGCCCAGCCUCCACCGUCUUCAAAUGAGAUGAUGGUCGCGGCUCCUCCACACCCAAAUCCUCUUGGAUCUUCUAUGUCGUCGCAGCCCGCCGAGACGAGGUCGGCACAGACGGCUCCCACAGCCACUGUUGCCAUGCUUCCAGGCUACGGAGAGAAAUAUCCAACACAACUCAACGCGAGUGUUGCAUCCGCGUCCAAGCCUGUACCAUCAGUCACGUCCGGUCUGGUGCUUCCCCCUGAGGAGGCAGAGGCCAACAAAUCAACGCUUAGUACGCUCGACCAUUACAAUGACGCUGCUCGAGUAUACAAGGAUUUGUUAGAGGCAAGGAACAACAACAAGCCACUCCCUGGCAGCUUGACCGGCAUGCCGCCCUCGGCGAAGGAGGUCGACUCUGCCAAGCACAAGCUCAAGGAGGCCACCCAAGCCAUGAUGCUCGCAUUGGACUAG